AAAAUCCGUAGCCCGACCGACUCGCGAUUCCAAACCCCCAAACCCUCCUCCUCCCUGAACCCGAUCCAACCCAAUCCCCGGCGGCGGCGGCGGCGAUGGCGGCCGUGACCAACGCCGACGUGGAGGUGGUCGACUUCGACCUCGACGACGACGACCUCAUGGACGAGGACGCCGGGGCGGAGCCCGCGCCGGCCCCCGCCCCCGCGUCCCGACUCCGCUCCACCAUCGCGGGCGACGACGCGCCGCGUAAGACCAAGGGCCGCGGCUUCCGCGACGACCCCAACUCCUCAUCCGCCCCCCGCGACACGCGCUUCGGCGCUGGGGUGCGCGCCGACUUCGACUCGCUCGGCUCCGGCGGCGGCCCGGCACCCAUCCGAUAUUCUUCUCGCAAUGGCACAAAUCGAAAUGACAGCAAUAAAGAGGACGGCGUGAAUCAGCUGAUGGGUAAAGUAUGGGAUUGGAACAACAUGUAUGGAACCAACCUAAAGAAGUUUGAUGGAUCGGUUCUUGCUGCCAAUGAGGAUGGUGGAAGAUGCGAAGAUGAUGUCACAGCUCUCAGGGAGGAUCACGGAGAUGACCCUAAAGAUGGCAGUAGUGGCCCUGAGUCCUCAGCAGAUAUUGAUGAUUGGCAAGACGGCCACCGUGUGGUGCAAUUUUUGGCCAUUUCUGCAAACUUCCCUAUCUGCGCAAUCAAUGGCUACGACGGGGAACAUGGCCGGUGCAUCUAUGCCCACUCGGAGGGCGAAGUACAAGAGGAUGGAAUGGUCGAUUUGGUGCCCAUUGGACCCUGUGAACUUCUCAUGGCUUACGGUGCCAUCGGCUUGGAAAUUUUCUAUUACACUACAGCCCGUGAUGAGGGGCAUUUUGUUAGGGAAGAUGAAGGGGGUCUACGGCCCCUUGGUCCUCGCAUUAUAGUGCAGUGGAAUGUUGAUGACAAUGAUGAAAUUGAGGGAUACACAAAAACCAUUAGUCCAGGCCCUGGCUGUGAUCUGGAGAUCACAUACUUGGUGAUUCCCACCGCCGUUCAGACUAGUGUUGAGGUCAGGUUGAAGCUCAAAGACCUCGGUUAUAGAAGCCGUGCUGUGUAUGGUAAGAUCAAGGCAAAUGCCAUUGACUAUAGGAACAAAAGGGUUCACCUCUUCAGUUGUGAUCGAGAGAGGUGCUUGUCCUUUCCCUCUGGCACCACAUCCAUUCUUCCACUGAGCCCGUCUAAGAUUGCCUUGCCAUGUAGUCGGCUGCUCAAAUUCCACAUAGAGGUGGACUUGACAGUAAUCACUACCUGUGAGAGUCAUGAAGAAGACAAGAAUUUGAAAUUCAGUCUAGAAUUCACCCGUGGAAUUACGAGUCAAGAAAGAGAAGUCGAUGAUGAUCGAGUUCAAGUGGAAAUAAAAUAUGACUCGGAAUAUUGAUCAUCCGUACUACAAGCUGAGAUGCAAAGGGGUGCUGUAUUAGUUGCAGCAUCAGAAGAUGACUAUGGAACAAGUGAAGGGGUGCCGCUAUAGUCACAGCAGAAAAUCUGUAACUUCAUACGUGUUUGCCAAAUCAUGCUACCUAUUGUCGUUUUUAUUUCAACUGAACUAUGUGUCGUUCGGUGAGUAGGUAUCAAAAUAUAGCAUGAAGAUUCUGUGGCUGCAAAUUAAAUUUUUGAAGGAUUUUGGCACUAGGUCUUGUUAAUGUUGUGUGACCAAUCAGCAUACAAUUUAUAGAUGAAAUGAGCACGACGGCCAAGAAGCCAUCAGCAUGGAGUGCUACCUGACCUGACUUUCAUAGGGCGAAAUAUGAUAGGAUACUAGAACGUUAAAUUUCCCACAGUUCAAAGAAUUUGAUAUUUUCCAGGAACA